GAAGGUGAGCAAGCGAGAGCGACCGAUCAAUUCUUGACAGAGCUCGGUGUGCCGUACCGCGCGCGCCUUAUCCUCCAACGAAUCCCACUCCCAACCCACACCGCGACACGCGCCGCACCCAAACCAGCAUGGCGUCCCACGCCCACUGCGCCGCUGCCGCCGCCGCCACCCUCCCGGCGUCCCUCCCGCUACGCCACCGCGCGCUCCCUCGCCCGGCUCACGCGCGCCGUCGCGCCGCCAUCAGCAUUAUUGACGCCCCGCCGCGGACGUCUCGCCACCGAGGCGCCGUGGCUUGCGGCGCGAGGAGGCGGGUGCGGCACGAGGAGGACGACGAAGACGAGGACGAGGAGGAAUACGGGCACAACGAGGAGAUGGCUGAGCUGGAGAGGUACAGCGAGGGCGCGCGCGACCAGGCCCUCCUCGUCAAGGCCAUGGUCGACGACGAGGUGGAGGUGGUGCUCGUCUUCAAGGGCUUCUCGUCGAGGCUGAGCGGGAGAACGGCGCCGGAUCCGGCGAUGAGCGUGCUGCCGGAGAGGGCGAUCAUACAGUCGGUGGACGUGGUGAAGGGCCCGUUCGAUCCCACCAACAUCGAGUACGUGGAGAAGGAUCUCCCGUGGGACGACUUCAAGAGCCGCCUCCAUUAGCAAAUCAUUUGCCUCCAUGUAAAACCUUUCAGGAUGUCUUCGUUUGGUAGGCAAAACAUCGGGUUUUAUAGGAUACCUUUGAAACAGAACUGAUACUUCAACAAUCCCACGAAAUUCAUGUGAAAUAGCUGGAGGCAGAUUUUAGAAGAAAGUUAGUUGAGGUAUAGGGGAAGGUUGUGUGGCUUUUUUAGGAAAAAAAAACAAAGACAUUUGUGAACGAAAAUAAUUAUAUGUUCUAAACAGUCUGAAG